GACACACGUUAACCGACCGAGGAUAAAGUCCUGAUAUCAUUUUACUAUGAACGCUUAAAAGAUAAGUAUCUUCGCUCUGAUUGGCUGCGAGGCACAUCCGGUCUGACAUAGGAGCCAAUCAGACGGCUCCCGCUGCUUUGUUUUGAAUCGGAAUAUUCUAACCGUCCACGCCGCCACAGCUCCGUGAAGCAGACAGUAAAGUGUGUGUGCUGAGUGUGUGUGCUGAGUGUGUGUGCUGAUUUCCUCUCGCAAAACGGAAUAAAACACAACAACAUGAAUUUUGACUCUAUGAAAUAUGCGGAGUUGAGAAGCAUCGCCAAGGAGCUCGGGCUGAAAGCCAACGAGAAGGCCGAGAAACUCCUGAAAGCGAUCAAGCAGCAUUAUCAACAAGAACAGGACAAAGAGGAGGAAGGGCAGGUACAAGAGAAGGAUGUUGCUGCUGCUAAAGAAGAUGAGACUGACCGUGGUGAUGAACAUGAAGACGCAUCUCGUGAGGAAGAGGUUCCCAGCUCCGCUGUGUUUGUUAACACACGUCGGGGUAACAGAACCAGUACCAAGAGAAAGUUCCCUGGUGCUGUAACAGCCACUCAGUGUGAUGCUGCAGAGGGUGACGCUGAAGUGGCUGCAUCAGCUGCAUCAGCUGCACGCCCCGGGGCUCGGGGUGCUAAGAAGAGAAAAGCGUCCUCUGACAAGGAUUCUGGCAAAAGUGAGAUUGAGCCUCCUCAGGAGCUCCAGGCCUCUGACAAGGAGCAGCAGCAGGAGCAGCAGCAGGAGCAGAAGGAGCAGCAGGAGCAGAAGGAGCAGCAGGGUGAUGCACCUGUGCAUGCUGACACAGAAGAAGCUCCUAAAGUGACCAGAGCAGGUAAAAUCCCUCGACUCCAGGUGAAGAGCAAGCAGAAGUUGAAGCCUGUCACUCCUAACUUCAAAAGACUCCACGAGGCACAUUUCAACAGGAUGGAGUCGAUCGACUCGUACGUCCAGCGGAAGACCAAACAGAUGGAGACUUUCAGAAGUUCAGUCAAAGAGCUGAAGAAUCUUUCGGACAAAACUAAACUGCAGCAGGUUGAUGGCAGAGCGCGAGCGAAGGCAAACCAGAGUCGAGCGUCCGUGUUCAGCCCCGUCCCGCUGAACAAGAGAGCCGCUGAGGACACACGCAGCAACACUUUGCUCUCAGCCAGUAAAGCUCCUCCAAAUAAACCUGCCGGGAAGGAAGAGGCUCCGUUCAGACCGUCGGUCCUUUCCACGCGCAGGAUCAACGUUCGGUUCUCAGAAGCCACUCAUAACAAUGAGAACAAACGGUCUUUGGUGAAGACGCCGGCGCGCAGGUCUUCCUGUGUGAGCUCCAGCACGCCACAGAGACCGACCGCUGAUGGAGCAAAACCCAAAAAUGUUAAGAUUUCAACUUUCUCUGCUACAAAGAGUCCAGGAGCAUUUCUUUUCACCGGCAACACGAGUACUUCCACAACCCCGGGCACACAAAAGAAGGCCGGCUUCGACCUGAAGGCCAGUCUGUCUCGUGCCCUCACCUACAAGCCUCAUGCCGGUAAACUGAAGCCGCUCGCAGACGCCAAAGAAAACACGGAAGAAAACAAGUCGCUGAUCUCAAACGCUCAUCAGAAGGGUUACAAGCAGCACCAGGUGCAGACCAGGGGCGACAGGCGAGUGAAACACGUGGAAGAGCGGAAGCAGAAGAAGCAGAGCACGCUGGGGGCCAGGCGAGGCCUCGUCAUGAUGUAAAGAACCCGCUGCUUGUUGCAGACGUGUGCCGCCUGCUCGUCAGUGUAAAUAUUUAGUUGUUUCACCCUCUUUAGUUCUGCAACACGCUGCGCCGUGUUUAGGCUCGUGGCGUCGCUCGCAGCUCGUCACGAGGACUUCAUGUUUCUGUGUCGCUCAAUUUGAAACUCGUCAUUUUGUUCUUAAAAAUGUGAUUUACUUGUUUUUACUGUUUCUGUUUGAUAAAGACAUCGACACUAAAUAUUUCCUGCUGUUUCCUCCUUCAGUUGAAGCCGCAGUGUUUCGUGCACCGUCACACUUCUAAUGAAAUGAUCCCACAAACAUUUCAGAAUUUACACGACAAGUAUUUUUAUUGGUUGCUUGACUUCAUCUGCACGUGUCACACGCC